UAAAUUCAUUCCUUAACAACGAGGAAAAUGACACAAUGUUUGUGUACCCUAUCUCCAGUUAUUUGACUGCCCAUAGAAGGGAAGGGGGUGUAGUACUGUCGUCUACUACAACCUCAAUACCAAUUGGGUGUGUGUUCAGUUUAUCUGCUGUGGUGCCAGCGUGAAUGUUGUUUUGACUAUCUUGGUGGAAAGUUAUGAGACUGCAUAUUCGAUGUUAUCUAUAAUCAACUGAGUAGUUGCAGGACGUCUGAUUUUGUGGCCGGUCUUCAAUAGCACAAGUAGUCAGUUUUCGUAUAAGGACUCCCGAAUACUUUCAGUGUUUUCCCGUCAUGUCUUUGAGCUCUGUACUUCGUUUCUAUCGUUUCCCAUCAAAACAGUUGGUUAUAUCGGCAACUGCAAUUCGUUACGUGAGUUCUGCAAGCAACAAGGGAUCAUCAUCUAGCUGUUUGAGUUAUCCCGGCAAACCAAAACAUUCAAGUUCAUACCAAGCAAUAGUAAUUGGGGCAGGACAUAAUGGUCUGGUUGCUGCUGCUUAUCUCCAGUUGGCAGGCUUUAAAAAAGUAUGCGUCCUUGAACGCAGGCAUGUCGUAGGUGGUGCUGCCGUGACGGAGGAAAUAAUCCCAGGAUUUCAUUUCUCCCGUGCAUCCUAUUUACUCAGUUUAUUGCGCCCAUCGAUUAUCAACGAUUUGGAGCUCAAGAAACACGGAUUGAAGCUUCAUCUGCGUGAUCCAAGUUCCUACACUCCACUUUCUACCAAUCACUGGAAAACGGGGGGAGCUCGUUCGCUAACAUUAUCUAGUGACAUUGAAUUCAACCGAAAGCAAAUCUCGAAAUUCUCCAAACAUGACGCCGAGGCCUACGAGAACUACGAAAAAUGGCUGUCGCGGUUAGUGGCUGCCAUCGACCCUCUCAUUGAUUCAAAAACCAUUGAUUUGAAUUUCCCGGGUUCGUUUUAUUCGAAUGUCAAGAGUUUGAUGGCAGUGGCUAAAAGCGCUUACAAACUUCGCAAAGAAAUCGGAUCGUUUUACGAUUUAAUGACGGCUCCCGCUAGCAAACUGCUCGACCAGUUCUUCGAAUCGGAACCUCUCAAGGCAACCCUCGCAACUGAUGCGGUGAUAGGCGCAAUGAUGGGACCUCACUCGAUCGGAAGCGGAUACGUUUUACUACACCACGUCAUGGGAGGAGUUGAGGGGAAGCAAGGAGCUUGGGCCUACCCGGAAGGAGGAAUGGGAGCUGUGUCUAACGCCAUGGCGAAAUCAGCUGUUGAGAAAGGGGCGACGAUUUUCACAGACCAGACAGUAAAAGAAAUUAUGGUGGGUGAUGAUGGAAGUGUUGCAGGUGUUCGCUUAGACGACGAAACGGAAAUCUUCUCCAAGGUUGUUCUUUCAAAUGCUACACCUCACGUCACAUUCGUUAAUCUAUUACCAUCCGGAGCACUUCCUGAAUCGUACCUCAAUAAAGUUAAAUCGGUUGACUACACAUCACCGGUGACAAAGAUUAAUGUUGCACUUAACGCAUUGCCAAACUUCCUUGCCGAUCCACAUCAGACGCUGGGGAUGGGAAAAGCUACUCCGCAUCAUCGUUGCACGAUCCAUUUGAAUUGCGAAGAGAGUCACAUGCUCAAUAAAGCGUUCCAGCAAGGCCAACAAGGGUUGAUUCCCGACAGGCCAAUGAUUGAAAUGACUAUACCAUCUUCAUUAGAUUCGACAAUCUCACCGAAAGGCUGUCACGUAGCUCUUCUCUUCACUCAAUACACUCCCUACGAACUGCAGAAUGGGGUUCAAUGGGAUGACCAUUGGAAGGAGGUUUAUGCCAAGAGGAUAUUCCAACAAAUCGACGAAUACGCUCCUGGGUUCCAGCAGAGCAUUGUGGGAUAUGAAGUUCUCACACCUCCUGAUCUUGAGCGCAUUUUUGGGCUAACAGGAGGAAACAUUUUUCACGGAGCCAUUAGUCUGGACCAACUGUAUUUAUCUCGUCCGUUUUCCUCCUGGAAAGCGCAUAACCAAAGAGAUCACUACCCUUCGUUACCUCGGACGCCAAUCAAAGGACUUUACAUCUGUGGAAGUGGAGCUCACCCUGGUGGCGGUGUUAUGGGUACUCCGGGACGCUUGGCAGCUGAACUUGUCGUCGAAGAAAGCAGACGUUAAACCUUCUGCUAUCCGUGAAUGCAAAUAAGCCCCAGGUAUUAAAAUUCUUGGGGUGUUCAUAUUUUUCAAUCUUGCCAAUCAUGCAAUGUAGGUAUAUAACAUAGUAUAACAGUUUGAUGAAGAAUCGUUCAGCUUCGUGCGUUCAAUGCGAAAUUGCAAUGUCGAUGACUUUGAUGGAUAUUUUUUUCCAUUAAUGUCUGCGUUACCGUAGAAUGGCAUCUGCUGCGUGGAUUUCAUUGGCCACUCCUAUCGUUGUAACUCUUCUAUCCAAUUUUAACUGCCACGGAUAUCGACGAUAUAAAACCUUGAAUAUGCACAUGACGGGAGUUAUUUUCCAGUAAAAACGAGUUUUGUUCGUUUUGUUUUGUCGCAGCUACAAGUGAAUCGAAGACAAUAAAGAUGUAGCCACAAAAGA